AUGGGCUGCAUCUUCACGGAGAUCAAUGGUGGACCAUUACCGUACGAGGGUAUCAACACUCUCGCAGAGCUCACAAGAGCGAUGCUGGUAAACAGGAGGAGAGUCCCUGGCCUCGGGGAGAUGAGCGUGACGUUCUGUGCAGUCAUCUCCGGCUGCUAUCAAUUUGACGGACGCUUCCGCCCUUCAGCACGGCAGGUUUACGACCAGCUUCGUGAGGCCAAAAAGAAGCUCAAGGCAGAUGGCAUCCUUGACAAGGAGGUGCAGCAAGACUAG